UUCGGAAGGCAGUUGUGGCGGCGCAGGCCGUUGCUCUCGCUCGCGGGGGCGCGAGGAAGUUGGAUUCGACGUGCGGGGGCGCGAGAAUGUCGGCUUCGGCGUUGAGAGACGCUGCUCGAUCCAUGGCCGUGGGCUCUGCAGCCUUGCUGACCGCCAGUAUUCCUGGAUGGGCGGAGUCUCCGCGCCGACUGGCCGCAGAGCGAGCGCGAUGGAUGGGCAGCCCGCGGUCUGCCGCCCUGGGGGCAACCUUCAACCGACGAGGCGCUUGCCCGCGAGCGUCAAUUGCGAGAGGCGCAACCUGAUGGAGAUGAAGCGGAGUGGCCGGAACGUGCCAAUGGACGUGCCACGGGACGUGCCAGGGGACGCGCCGCGCGACGUGCCAGGGGGACUCGCCACGGGACGCGCCACGGAACGUGCCAGAUUGCAAUGCUGA